AGCUCAACUCAUCUUAGGAGAAACCCAUUUUCUGCUUCUGCUUUCUCCUUCAGUUUCAAGUUCGCCUCCUCCAUUUUGAGUCCAUAUGUUUGAAAGAAAGCAUCUACAAUCUUCAAUCACCUUCAGAAGGUAAGUCUCAUUUACCUAUUGGGUUUUAUUUCGCUAAUCUCUCAAAAUAAUCUUCAAGGAUGAAACUAUCGUGAUACGUUCGGGUGUGUCUGCUGCAAAUGGAAAGAGUUUCGAAGUACGCAUUUUGAUAGAAGAGGGGAAACAAGAUAUUGGGUAAGUUCUUGAGGGAAAAUAGGGGUUUUGAAGCUAGGAGUCUGCAAUGGAAGGAGGUUUAGGCCAAAACUCUGUUCCUUCAUCAAGUUCUUCUGACAAGUCCAUGAUUUUGGAUGUUAAACCUCUGCGUUGCUUGCUACCAAUUUUCCCGAUGUCAUCUCAAGGUCCUUCUUCUGGCCAGUAUCCUUCUGGGUUUGCUCCUUUCUUCCCCUUUGGUGGACCUCAAGAAUCUCAUGCAUGGACUGAUCUUAACCAGCAUGCUCCUCCUUCUGGAGAUGUUCCGAUGCCUACUCCAAUCCGAACAGUCAGAAGCCCUUUAGAUUCUAUUCCAUCAAAACGUGGAGCACCGCAUGGGAGCAGCUCAAAAUCAUCCCAAAGAAAGACUAAGAAGAGCCAAGAAUCACAAAUGGAUUUAUGUUCUAUAGUUGGUAUUAGCCCUGACCAGCAAACUGAUGGUGACCGGGAAGUGGUUAAUCUUGUGCUCAGGGAGUUUGAUGCGCUUCGAAGAAGAAUUAGCCAGCUUGAAGAUGCCAAGCGUGGAGAUUUAAGAGCUGGCAAUAUAUUGAUGACCGAAGGCGUUCGAACAAACAUGACGAAGAGAGUAGGUGUCGUUCCUGGGGUUGAGAUUGGGGACAUUUUCUAUUUCAGAAUGGAAUUAUGUGUUGUGGGGCUACAUGCUCAGUCCAUGGGUGGGAUUGACUCCAUGACCAUCAAGGGUGGGUUUGAGGAUGAACCUUUGGCUCUAAGUAUUGUCUCAUCAUAUGAAUAUGAUGACCAUGCAGAUGAUGAUGAUGUUUUAAUUUAUAGUGGACAGAGUGGGAACUUUGGCAAGAGAGACACGGUGGCGGCUGAUCAGAAGCUUCAAGGGGGCAAUCUUGCUCUGGAAAGGAGUUCACGACGGCACAAUGAAGUGAGAGUCAUCCGGGGCAUGAAAGAUCCUGCUGCUCCAAAUGCAAAAAUCUAUGUCUAUGAUGGUCUGUACAAAAUUCAAGAUUCAUGGAUAGAAAAGGGGAAACAUGGCAGUGGUGUAUUCAAGUACAAGUUGGUGAGAGUGCCCGGACAGCUUAGUGCUUUUUCUGUUUGGAAAUCAGUUCAGAAGUGGAAGACAGACUGUUCUUCAAGGACUGGACUUACUCUUUCAGAUCUGUCUUCAGGAGCUGAGAGUAUUCCAGUAUCACUUGUCAAUGAUGUUGAUCAUGAGAGAUUGCCUGGUGGUUUCACUUAUUUUCAUUCCCUUAGAUAUUCUAAACCAUUCAGCUUAAUGCAGUCUUCUGAUGGCUGCAACUGUACAAAAACAUGUGUCCCUGGUGAUCUGAAUUGCUCUUGUAUUCGGAGAAAUGAAGGCGACUUUCCAUAUAUUGGCAAUGGCAUUCUAGUAAGUCGUAAGCCAUUAAUUCAUGAAUGUGGCCCUACCUGUCGUUGUUUUCCUAACUGCAAAAAUCGAGUGUCCCAAUUGGGUUUAAGGCACUCCUUGGAAGUAUUCAAAACUAGGGACAGAGGAUGGGGCCUUCGAUCAUUGGAUCCUAUUCGUGCUGGUUCUUUUAUUUGUGAAUAUGCUGGAGAAGUUAUUGACAAAGGAAACUUAAAUCAAAACGAGGAGCUAGCAAUUAAAGAUGAGUAUGCUUUUAAUACUAACCGUAUUUAUCCUCCAUUUAAGUGGAAUCAUACGCCUCAGUUAUUUGAAGGAGUGGAUUCAGAUGAUCCUAGUGAGGAUUAUGAUAUUCCAUCUCCUCUAGUUAUAAGUGCUAAAGAGUUCGGAAAUGUGGCUAGAUUCAUGAAUCAUAGCUGUUCCCCAAAUGUUUUCUGGCAGCCAGUUGUUUAUGAAGAAAAUAAUCAAUCCUUCCUUCAUAUUGCAUUUUUCUCUCUCAGACACAUUCCACCAAUGACAGAGUUGACGUACGAUUAUGGGGUUUCCCGUUCUGAUCAUACUGAGGGUAGAGGAAUGCCCGGAGGUCGGAAAAAAUGCUUAUGUGGAUCAUCAAAGUGCCGAGGUUCUUUUGGUUGAUGGUUUGUGUCACUGUUGCUUACACAUAGGCAUGGUGUUUGAAAAUGUAUUCGCGGCUAAGGUGAUGAUUCUGCAGCUAUUUUGGAGAACCAGAUCAAGCUCCAAUUUUGUGAAUGGAUGCUUUUGUAUAUACUGUUAAGCCUAGGUAUGCUUGACUGGAAAGUAAAUGCUCGGCUCUAUAUUUAUAAGUAGUAGUAGUUCGUGAAGAAGUUGUUUUGGAGGACUUGAAAUGGCCAUGUUGUCCUAGAAAGGACAUGCCUAGUGAUAUUCAAGGCACCAUGUAGUGUGUAUGGUUAGGCUUAACUUUACUCCUGGUUUAAUGACGUCAACUGUUUGUAACUGAUGUGUGUAAAUAUGUUUGCUUUAUGGCAAGAAACUUAUGCCUGCCUUUUGUGAAUUUAUAUUUUGGUUCUGAAAGUUA